GGGGCCAACAGGCCGGAUGGGCCCAUGGUUUACGUCCAGGAGCUGCAACCAGAAGGUGACUGCUACAGGGACGGACGCCUCCGGGCAGGCGACCAGCUCAUCGCCAUCAAUAAAGACUCGUUGGUGGGUGCCACAUAUGAAGAGGCUAAAAGGAUACUUGCAAAAACAAAAUGUAGUUGCAACAGGCUAACAUGGCGGCUGGAAAUCCUUAUUUACGGGCAUGUGACUCCAUCAGUUGCAAUGACAGUGAACAGCUGGAGCAGCUGCAGCUGGAAAUGGCAGACCUGCAGCAAGAAAUCCAGAGGUUUAAGUCUCUGCUGAAGGAGGUGGAAAGCGACAAGAAAUCCCUGGAAGAUGAGCUACAGAGACUGAACCAGAAGGCUCUGGGCUUCCUCUCAGAGAACCAAACUCUGCAUAACAAGCUGCAGGUGGCAGAGGUAUCCCAGCGACAAGCCCAGAGUGCAGAGCGAGACCAUGAAGAAGGGAUCCACUUGCUGAAGGCAGAGAUUGUGGAGCGGAAGACUCGGCUGACGGGAACGAAAACAAAGCAGGCAUCAGAAGCAGAGAGUGAUGUCCUAGAGCUGAAAAGGCGCUUGUCCCUGGCUGACGGGCAGUUGAGGAAAUCUGAGAUCACGUGGAAACGUUUGGAACUCUACAACAGGAAGCUGCUUCUCUUUGCGCAGAAUGCCCAUCAGCUUUUGAGCAUGUCCAGCGCAUUACCAGAGGGGAAGAGAGCUGACAGUCAAGCAGAUGAAGACAAAACAGGAAGAACCUCAGACGCCCCUCUUCCACCUUCAAAGUUUGUGGACUUGUUGAUAGCAGAGGCUAAAGAACUCUUGGAGCCCAUCUUGUUGUCUAACACCACAAGGGAUGCCAUCUUCACCACAAGACAACGUGCCCCCCUCCUCCAAGCGAAAGCGGCAACUGCGACCCAUAGCUUCCAAGCACCUCCAAAGAUCCCUCUGAGAACCCUGGAUAAGUCUCCAGCCUUGGUCUGCUCCUAUUCUUCAUCCUGUAUACUCAGAACCAGGAUAUUUUGCUUUGGUGGCAGAAACGGAACAAUGUGGAGCCAAUGAAAAGAUUCUCUUCUCUUCUUAAGAUUCUCUUCUUCACGAUUCUCUUCUUAGGAAGACGGACUCUGCUCACCUAAACCGUCCAAGACUUUAAGUAACAAACCAGUCCUCCUGAUGGCUACCUCUGGAUUGUUACACACGAGGCUGUUCUGCCUGGAUUUGCUGCUUUAGGGGGGAAACUAGCUAGGGAAAGUUUUGCCAUAGGAUAUCUGAAUUUCCCAAGCAGAGGGCUGAAUAACUAGUAGUCAAUAGUAACAAGAGAAGUUGUAGUUCAGUCUUUUAACUAGCUCUGCAUAGGUGUCUUUGGAUGCCCCUCGCUCCCUCCUCUCAAUUACAAAGGCUCCUUUGGACUACACCUCUUGGCUAAUAAGACAGUUGCACAAUAGACGGCUGUGAAAGAAGAUGUGCAAAAUAAUGAAAGCAGCAUGGCACAUCAAUGGACCCCCUAUUU